CUUCCCCCUCAGAUAUAGAUGUGAAAACAUCUGCCCAAAGCUGGCAGUCAGAGGGGAUGACAGUCAGCAUCAAGGCACAGUGACAGCAGGCUCUCAGCACAGGGGCAUCAACAAGUGUCAUCUGAACUCUCAGCUCUCCCGGCCCGUCAUUGACACCCCCAGUAAGACCGUGAGAGAGAGUGAGAGCUGCCAGAGGACCUGCCCUGCUCCCUGAGUACCACAGCGCCCCUCCAUUGCCAUGCAGAUCCUGAGCAUCGCGGGCUUCUGCCUGGAGCCAUACGGGAAGAACAGCAGCAACGUGGUGCUGGAGCACUACAACCACACGGGCCGGCUGCAGAACAGGAAGCCGGAAGGCAGCGGAGUCUCCCUGACCAAAGCCGUCUUCCUCGGCAUCAGCGUGCUCAUCAUCCUGGAGAACCUGCUGGUGCUGAUAGCCGUGCUCUUCCACAUCCGGAAGCGCCGUCGCUGGGUCUACAUCUGCAUCGCCAACAUCACCCUCAGCGACCUGCUCGCCGGCGUCGCCUACGUGGUCAACCUCCUGAUGUCUGGCAGAAAGACCUUCGAGCUGAGCCCCAGCCAGUGGCUUUUCCGUGAGGCGGUUCUCUUCGUGACUCUGGCAGCAUCCAUCUUCAGCCUGCUGCUGAUCGCCGUCGAGAGAUACACCACCAUGAUGAAGCCCCUGCGCCGUAAGUCGGACUGGAAAUCCUACCGCAUCUAUAUCUUGGUGGCCCUCUGCUGGUUGACAGCCUUUAUCAUGGGUUUCCUGCCCCUGCUGGGCUGGAACUGUAUCUGCCAGAAGGACAGCUGCUCCACCCUACUGCCUUUGUACUCCAAAAGCUACAUCUUAUUCUCCCUCGUCGUCUUCUUUCUCAUCCUGACGGGAAUCGGCGUGCUCUACGGCGCCAUCUACUGCCACGUGAGGCGGAGCACGGAAUUCGGGCAGAUACCCAGCCGCAAGCGCUAUCUGCAGCUCUUAAAGACAGUCAUCUCCAUCGUGGGAGUCUUCCUGGUCUGCUGGGGACCACUUUUCUUCCUGCUUCUGGUCGACUACUUCUGCUACUCGCGCACGUGUGGCCCGCUCAACAGCGCCGACUGGGUGAUCACCCUGGCGGUGCUCAACUCGGCCAUCAACCCCGUCAUCUACUCGCUGGGCAGCACCGAGCUGAGGCGGUCCAUUGCCGGCCUGCUGUGCUGCAGCUGCGUGAAGGCAGGCCUCUGCAAAGCCAGUGCCUUCCUGUCCAAGGAGACCGACAGCACGUCCGGCAGCUUGAACCGGCAGAGCAGCCUACAUAACAGUUUCAGCAGGGUGAGGGGCAUGAGCACCAGCCCCCAGCCCCCAGCUAAAGCCAAGAAGGUCCGCCUCAGCUCCACCACCUCCUGCUUAUCAGUGUCGAGCAGUUAGACCACAAAGCCCCAACCUUUGCAGCUCCGCCCAAACCCCUACCUGUUGACUGCAGAGUUUCUCAAUCCGGUCCUCAGGGACGCGCAGAACUUAUGAGUAGGGAAAAGAAAAAAAUCUGUUGACAGCAGAUGGUCCACAUUUCUGCUCCCUCCCAGCCCUCUGUGAACUGUCGGACAGGGAGCU